UCGGGGGGGCGGGCCUGGGGCAGCUCCGUGCUUGUGUGAAGCGGGCCUCGGCCGUGGCUGUUCGUGAGGAGAGCGGGCUUGAAAUAAGAGGCUGGCAUAUAUUUAUUUUUUGAGGAGGGGGUGUGUGCGUGACGUGGGCCCGGCUCCGGUUUGGAGGGUGGCCGUGUGUGUGUUUGGGGGUAGAGUAGCUAUAGAAAUCUAAUAUAUUUAGUUCAUUAAUUUGUUUUUGUUAAGUACGUGUAGCUGGGGGAGUGACUCUCCUUUAUUGACUCCUGUUUAGAGAUUUUCUGGGGGGCAGCUAACUUCCCUUUCUAAGAACCAAAGGUUCUGAGCUUCCCCCACUGUUUAUAAAGUUCAGUCCGCCUAAUUAAUCGAUCCUCCCUUUUCUUCUUUCUGGCUCCUGCCAACCAGUGACACCACUUGCUGUGCUCCUAAGGCGUAUUCUGGGGGUGAAGAGUCCUUCAUCUGGCCCCCACUUUUCUGGUUUUGCGGAGGGAGCAAGGGUUGAGCGGAUGAGUGACCCUUCUUGGAGAAAGCCUUCCACACUUUUUAAAGAUAGAUCUUCUCAGGGGAAGGAGCGACACUUAAGGGCCUGUGAAGAGGAAACCUUUCCCUUCUGCAUUCCUCCCAUGCCUUCCCUUUUGCACUUUUCAUUGCAGAUCUUUGUGGAGAACAAGCCUGAGUCUGUGUAGUUCAUUAGGAGGAGGGACACAUUAAUUGAUAGCCUUCUUUUUUCCUUUUGCUCCUCAGUUUUAGGAACAUUUCUGAGGAGGGAGCUUCCUGGUCUUUUCCCCUGCUUUUUUUAAUCACCCCUUGCUCCUGUAGAGAACUAUCAUCUUGAUAUUGGUGCUUUCUGAGGCGAGCACCAUUGCUUCAGGUGUUUUUUUCCCCCUCCUUCUCUUGUUCAUCCUUUUUUGGGGAAGAGGGAGUUAUAUUCCUCAGUACUGUGUUUUUGGCAGCAGGGUGAAUGUUCAUUUGGGAUUAGGCACCUGUACUACUGAUUCGCACCCACCACACUUAUCCCAUAUUGCAAAAAAGGUGCACUUCUUUCAUUGAGCGUUGCCAUGGGAUGGCAGCGACACUUCUUACGGAACAGUGGUGUGUGAACAUUUCGUACAGGGGUGGAAUUAUUUCCCUGUUUUAAUCCCAGGGAGAGGAAGCCCGUAUUAAGGGCGACUUUAUUUGUUUGAUUACUGAUUUUGUUAAUUACUUUGGUUUCAGGUUUAGGGGACUCUGCAAAAAUAGGAGAAACAAUUCACGAGUGUGUAAAGUUCAGUAAUCAAAAGUGGGUCUAGGUUCCUGCCACUUUCCCACUCACGCGCUACAGGGGGCAUUCGCUUGAGAUUCUAGGUUUUUGCUUGCCACAUAUCCCACCACUCUUUAGCUUGGAAGAAGGUUUAAAUACAUGUGAGUGAACACAUAGGCAAGCGCAGUGUUUUGUUUUCAAUAGGGGACGAUUCAGGAGCUGUUCAUUAAUGGAAUCAGUCUCUCUGGAGUAGUGCUUGGAAAAGUCUGGGUGCUGAGUUGUUUAUUCAACAGUGGAAGGGUUCCCCAAGGUCAGGAAACUUAGGGGUUCUUUCCUUUUUUCAGGAUAGCUGCUUAUUCUGGGGAAGCCAGUAAUCUGUAUAAACUUGCCUCAAAGCCUUUUCCCAUUUAUGGUGGGUACCCAGCUCUGGGAGACUUGAAAAGGGUUUGCAUUGCCUACCUGCCUUGAUACCUGAAGCAGUUGGGGUGACACAUCAUGUGUCAGGUAGACCCCAGGUGGUUGAAGGAUGCCCCUGGAAGUACUUGCUAGACACGGAAGGCCUCGAACCUUUAUCAAGGACGAAAGAGAAGCCGUUAAAAUCAGUAUUGAAAAUUCCUUUAAAGAGACUUGGUUCCAGCUUCCGAACGGCUGAGAAAACCUGCGACAGGGAUUGCACCUGGGUGGUGAGAGCGGCAGACGGCGGGAGCCUCGAUUCUUCACGUCCCAGUUUGACUACAAGAACAGCCCUUCCUGCCAGCAAUGGAUCGGCCCUAAAGAAACUCACUUGCUGUUUUGAUUUCAGACCUCUGGAGUCUUGCGAAGAUGACUUAGGUCUCAAAGAAGGGGAAGGUUUGGACUGUAUAGGAGGACAAGCUGACCUGAAAACCAGGGAGCAAAAGAGAGAUCAGAAAGUGAAAGAGAGUCUGAUUUCGUCUUCCCCUUCGUGUUCACUGUAGUCCUGUAGUUUUGGAACAAGGAGCCAGACCUUUCUGGGUCGACAGGAAAGUUCUAAUAGGGUUUUUUUUUCAUUAAGUUAAAACUGUACAAUCUUCUAAAAAAGUCUUUACUUUCCUCUACUGAACUUUUCUUCCCCUCCCUACCAAACAAAAGAAGAGGAAGCUGGGAGUCAAAGGGAACCUUGUCCGUACGGGGAACUGGAUUUAUAAAACUUUGCCACACAACCAGUUGACACUUUGGGGUUCCAAGAUGGAACCGGAUGAGCUGCAGCCGCUGGACAUGUUUGUGGAAAGUGAGCUGAUGUCUGUGGGCAUGGACACAUUCAUCCACCGGAUUGACUCCACGGAAGUGAUCUACCAGCCCCGCCGGAAGCGGGCCAAGCUCAUUGGCAAAUACCUGAUGGGGGACUUGCUCGGGGAAGGGUCGUACGGCAAGGUCAAGGAGAUGCUGGACUCCGAAACCCUCUGCCGGAGAGCUGUUAAAAUCCUGAAGAAGAAGAAGCUGCGCCGGAUCCCCAAUGGGGAAGCCAAUGUGAAAAAGGAAAUACAGCUCCUACGGCAGUUACGGCACAAAAACGUUAUCCAGCUAGUCGAUGUGUUGUAUAAUGAAGAGAAACAGAAGAUGUAUAUGGUGAUGGAGUAUUGUGUGUGUGGUAUGCAAGAGAUGCUGGACAGUGUCCCUGACAAAAAGUUUCCGGUCUUUCAAGCACACGGGUACUUUUGCCAGCUUAUAGACGGCUUGGAAUACCUGCACAGCCAAGGGAUCGUCCACAAAGACAUCAAACCGGGGAACCUCCUGCUAACAACCAAUGGAACCCUAAAGAUAUCAGAUCUGGGGGUGGCAGAGGCCUUGCACCCGUUCGCGGAGGACGAUGUGUGCCGGACGAGUCAGGGGUCGCCCGCCUUCCAGCCGCCAGAGAUCGCGAAUGGCCUCGACACCUUCUCGGGCUUCAAAGUGGAUAUCUGGUCAGCAGGUGUCACGCUAUACAACAUCACAACUGGGCUCUAUCCCUUUGAAGGCGACAAUAUUUAUAAGUUAUUCGAAAACAUUGGGAAGGGGGACUACACGAUUCCCGAGGACUGUGGUCCACCUCUUUCAGAUCUGCUUAGAGGAAUGCUUGAAUAUGACCCGGCCAAGAGGUUUUCGAUACAGCAGAUACGGCAUCACAACUGGUUCCGAAAGAAGCACCCCCAGUCCGAGCCGGCAGUCCCCAUCCCGCCCAGCCCAGAGACGAAGGACCGGUGGAGGAGCAUGACGGUGGUGCCCUACCUGGAGGACCUGCACGGGUACAACGAGGAGGAGGAGGAGGACGACGACCUGAAGUGCGACUACCUGGAGGACGAGGUCAUCUUCACUCAGGACUUCACAGUGCCAGGUGAAAGCGAGGCAGGGUUUAGAGAGGAGGAGAGCGCAGAUCAGGAAGGAUUGCUGGCGUACCUGUUCGGAGAAGGAGAUGUGGAAAGCAGCGCGGAGGAAGGAAGGCUCACCAAGUUUAGCUUAGGUGACGAGACAGAGCCCGAGGAAGACGAGAGAGACGCCUGGUUCCCUUCCACCUAGAACGGUGUGGGCUUUGCUGGCGCCAGACCGUGCUCGGUCUGUGCUUCUCGCAAAGCCCGCCCCAGCGCUCCCCACUGAGCUUGGACUGUAACUCCCACCCACCCUGGCCGUCGGCUGCAGGGGAGCAGAGCCCAGCCAGAUCCAGAGGCCCAGCCUGCCCCUCCCUUUCUCAAAGCACAAGGCAGCAGUGAGCAGCUGUGGGGGGGUGGCCACCCCCCUCCCCGUCCCUUCUGCAGGGCACAGAGGGGAAAAAGCGAAAAUGGCACUGGUCGCUCGCAGACGAGCAGAACCGAACCGUUCCUCCGAUUCGGUGCGGUUUGCUUUCCCCUCACCUGCAUCUCGAGCGGCCACACUGCUCUGCAGCCCAGAGCCACGUUGCGCCAGAGCUUCACGAUUCCACCGCCGCCUGGCCGCCGCCCUGUGGGGCACCCGGUUGGGGACGGCGGUCUCCUCUCUCCUGAGCCACCGCGGCGGCGUGUGCGCAGCGCACUUCCCUCCCAAGCACGGGGUGCGUGUGAAGGGUGCAGCUGCAGCUUUUAAGAGCUCCCAUUAGCUCCUCUUGUGCAAACGGCUGCCAUUUCGGGCCCAUUCAGAGCUGUCAGUCAGCGGGUUUGACGCACCACUUGGGGAAGGUGGUGGCUUGAUCCGCCGUCUCUCCCGGGUAGCGCGAGCUCCGGGGGCCCCCCCUGCCCUGCCCACGCAGCCGUGUUCGUCCUUUUGUUCUGCCCCCCGUUUUCGCCAUGUUCAGGUUUUUGAGAAAAGUGGUUCUUUGCAACCUUUCCCGACCCUCGUAAGUAGUAAGCGUUGGUGUGAACAGCAAAAUAAAGUGGUUUUCCCCGCUUCCUCGUUUUCAAAGUGCUGCUCUCAUUCAGAAGGCUCUGCAGCCUGGCCGGCUAUCAGGGAGCCCCAGCUGUGGAAUUUUAAAUCAGGCAAACAUGGGCACCCACCUCUGGAGCAGCCUGGAUCAGGCCUCAGCGGCUUAGCGUGCCUGCUGCGGCUUCCGGCUGGAGAACGAGAUGUCCCGGGCGGAGCCUCUGGUUCCCCGGCCCAGCUCUGCCGGGGCUCUGCCUCGGCUCACAGGGAGCAUCCGGCAUGGGCGCUGCGUGUUCGGGAAGAUGCAGAGCGGGGUGCUGAACCUCGUCAUCUCUGAGUGCCACACUCGAUUUUCGAGAAGCUCUUGGGGUGCUGCCUGCCAAGCUGCAAGUUGAACGCCCCCCCCCCCCACUUCAGCUUAAAGCUCUUGUGAGCUGAAGUCUUGGCGGGGCCGUUUCAGCCUUCAGGAGGUGCAUUGAACCGGGGUGGGGGGGCUGAAGGUUCCUGCCGGGGGGCUCAGGAAGGUGUU